AUGCAAAAUUCAUCCGAAAGCAACUCACCAUCGUCUUUGAAACCAAACUCAUCGAGCAUUGAUAUCGCUUCUUCAUCGGCUGAUUCCACUCCUCCGAUAGUACUAGAUUAUGCUGGUUUGAAAGAAAGAGGAAUUACUUCGGGUUAUACACGAAAAUUUGCAUCAUUAACAGAGUUUUGGCAAGUUGCCGAGGCCGAUUUCUAUAAAAAAGCAACAGAAUAUUGGAAAGAGAAAGUAACCAAUGAUAUUGAUGGAAUGUUGGGAGGUUUUACUCAUGUUCACGAGAGAGACGUGAAGGAGAGCUCAUCGUUUUUGAAGAAAGUCUUGAAAGAUGUUACACCAGCACGAGAGGGAGAAAAACCAUUCCUAUAUUGUUUGGAAUGUGGAAGUGGAAAUGGACGUGUCACAAAAAAUUUAUUAUCACAAUACUUUGACUAUAUUGAUUGUGAAGAUGUUAAUGAAGAGUUUUUGAUAAGGGCCAAAGAAGAGUGCGCCAAAAUUAAGGAAACAUUUGCGGUAGGACUCCAAGAGUUGCAUACUGUUUUCAAGGACACAAAAAAACCAAAAUAUCAUUGUGUGUGGAUUCAAUGGUGCAGUUGCUUCGUUACCGACCGAGACUUUAUUAAACUUAUGGAGCUAUUCUAUGAUUUACUUUAUGACGGAGGAAUUUUGUGUUUCAAGGAAAAUAUUGCUGCUGACUGCUUUGUGGUGGACGAGGAUGAUGGAUCCCUCACAAGGAGUAAUGAUCACUAUUGCUACUUAUUCUCUAAAGUUGAGUCUAAAUUUACCUUAAUUGAAAAUGUCAAGCAAAAACAUUGGGAAAAGGGCCUCUUUGCUCUUCGAAUGUAUUGUUUGAAAAAGAAGUAA